UGGGUCUGUUUCUUUAGCGAUAUAUUGACUAUUCCAGGUUUCAAAAUGAUGUUCUGUCAGAGAAUGAGGACCAUUGAUCUUUUUGCUCCAUUUGAGAUCUUUACUGCCCAGGGUCUGAUGUUGUUGGCUAUACUAUUGGAAGGACUGCAGAAAGUAGCUACAGUUUGUGCCUUUAGGAAACAUAUACUUUGGUGCAGAAAAGCAUCUUCGUCAAACCAACGCUGCAUUUCUAGCUGGAGGUACCUUAUCUUGUGUAUGUUUGCUUCUCUUUUGUGUGAAGCCUGGAAUUUGAAUUUCACUGUAAACAAUCACAGCAUCAACUUUCCUCCUGAAUUUUACUUGCCCAGCUCUCUGCAAACACAGGAGGCAGGAGCUGCUCUGUACGUUGCCCUUUUCUCUGCCUUUCUGCUCUUUCUUGGUGGGUUUUGCUAAUGAGCUACAAAGCACUUUUGAUCUUCAAUUCCAAGGUGUACCCUGCUUCCUCAGACUGGGACCACUUUUCAGAUGCUGCUUGCAUGGUCACAAUUGGAACGAUUCAGCCCAAAACCAAUCUCUCAGUGAUGAGCUUCUCACAAUGUUCUAAAUAUGCAGCAGACAAUCAGACAUUUCAUUCUAACGAAAGUCUUUAAGGACAACAAGGGAUUUGUGAAACUUGACCCGCGCCACACUAACAAGGAAGUAGAAUGUGAAUUUAUGGACAUUGCUCAGUUUUUCAGACAUUGCCCACCAGCAUUCAUCAAUCUACGUAGGAUUCAAUGUUCAGAGUCUGUGUGAGAUGCGACUUUGGUGAUAGAGUAAAACUCACAUCAACUUGUAUCAGUCAGGACCAUAACAUUUACUACAACUUACAAGUUGCAGGCAAACUGUUUAAAUUGUAGAAAAUCCAAUUUAAUCAAUAAUCUACACUGUGCAUGCGUAAUUUAAUCCAGCUGGUAAAUGUGAAUGCAGUAGUUUGUGACUGCAGACGGUAAAUGCUCAAGCAGUGACGGGUCAAGAUUACAUUUUAAUUCACCUUGACUUGUUGCCACAUGCACACUUACCGGCAAGGGUUGAAAUCGCAUUGAAUCGCAGGAAAUGAAGUUCUUCUGCACAUGCAUUGACGGAUCAAGACUGGUUUCCCACGAUUCAAUGCAGCCGGUGAGUGCGGGAGUAUUGGAAGGUAGGGGAGCUGCGUUACGAGUUAGGAGACGACUAAUACAAGAAGUGCAAAGAAAUCAAAGUGGUUUUGAUAGGAAACUGAAUGGGACUUGGGUAACUACGAUUUAGGCGAUUGUAAAAUUAAUAAAGAUAAGAUUUCUACAAGUUUUAUUGUGUAGGAUUCCUCUCUCAUUCUGCUGCAGCUGAAGAUUUAGAAGGAUAGCCUCAUGGCUACUUUCCAGUCUUCCCAUGGUAGCGGGUGGCCCAGGGCUUUUCUUGUAAAGCGUGGAUUUUCUGUACUCGGAAAUUUGUCUGCAGAAUGUUUUGAGUUUGAGUUUUGUUGGGCUGUACUAGACUUUUGGGUGUAUCAUGGGAUGCUGGUCAGUGUCUGGUUUGGAGGCAGCAAAAGUGUCUGAUGUGUAACUUGUCUACUAUUUUGGGCACUACUAUUGUUCAGAUGUUGAGUGGGAGAAAGUAAUUCAAAACAUAUUUUAGCAACAUUCUUUAACUAAGGAAUAGAAAGUGUUUGUGUUUACCACAACUCAAUGGCCAUAUAGUUUAACACUGCCUUCUGUAGAAGAACCCUUUGAGGGAAACUGGACUUUUAAUAGUUUCCUAGAUAGCUGUGAGAACUCUGUAUCACUUACUGUUAUGCAUUACUUUUAUGCUGCAUGUUUUUUCUAAUUACAUAACAUCUCUGCGUUGGGCUUAAUCACUCCAGGGCCCUGCACUUUGUACUUAAUCACAGUCUGCUAAUGCUGAAUAUGUUCUGUACCUGUGACAUAUUAAUUUGUAAACCAUACAAACUUCUUCAAAAAANUAUGUAUUUACAAAAUGCAGAUAAAUAUGCUUUUAAUAAUUGAAAGAACAAUGUUAAUAAAAUGUUAUCCUCCA